AGCGCACAAUGUCAUACGAUAUGAUAAAACUAGUUCACAUUCUGUCUUAUCGACGGAUAAACUCUUUUCUACUAAUGUUGCAAUAAUUCUGUUGAUAUGUUCGCUUGCUGUCCAGUAGUGCCGACAAUUUCACGCUAUGUCGUUUCUUAGAGAGAAUGUUCAUGAAAGAACGCCAUUGUUAACACCGAGGAGAAGUUCUAUCACAUCGACUAAAAUCAAGGAAAUCCUUGUUCGAAGGAUACCGAUUUUAAAAUGGUUGCCAAAUUACAACUGGGGGAAAUGUUUGCAAGAUAUUUUGGCGGGAUUCACAGUUGGAUUAACAGUCAUACCACAAGGUAUAGCUUAUGCAACAGUCGCUCUUCUUCCACCUCAGUAUGGGUUGUAUAGCAGUUUUAUGGGAUGUUUCGUAUAUCUAGUGUUUGGUAGCACAAAAGAAGUAACCGUGGGUCCUACGGCCAUAAUGGCUUUACUAUCUCAACAUCAUGUUAAAACAUUAGGAGAAGAUAUCGCUGUUCUUAUAUCUUUUUUAUCAGGAUGCAUAAUAACAGCAAUGGGAAUAUUACAGCUUGGUUUUCUUGUCGAUUUUAUAAGCAUGCCAGUGAUUUGUGGUUUUUCGAAUGCUGCAGCGAUCAUCAUAGCAGCUUCACAAUUAGGCACACUUCUUGGUAUAAGUGGUAAAAGCGAUUCCUUCAUCGAUUCGAUCUCUAAAAUAAUUAAUCACUAUAAUAGUAUUACAUUAUGGGAUACUCUUCUUGGUGUAACAACGAUAAUACUGUUAGUAUGUUUAAAGAAUUUGCCUGGUAAGAAGAGAGGUACUACGUUCCAAAAAAUUAUGUGGCUAAUCUGUUUGGCAAGAAACGCAGUGGUCGUUAUCAUGGGUAUAGUUUUGGUUUUUGCCUUAUCUUUAUAUGACCUGAAACCUUUCAAGAUUACUGGGAACAUCACAAAAGGUCUACCGCCUUUCAGCCCACCACCAUUUUCUAUAGACACCAGCAACAAAACCUAUCAUUUUCCUGAAUUGAUUCAAGAACUUGGUAGUACUAUCGCAUCGGUACCAUUGAUCGCUAUUUUGGAAAGUGUUGCAAUAGCUAAGGCUUUCGCAAAAGGAAAGACUUUGGAUGCAACGCAAGAAAUGUUUGCGGUUGGACUUUGCAAUGUUAUUGGAAGUUUCGUUAGAUCGAUGCCAACGACCGGUAGUUUUACAAGAACCGCGGUGAACAAUGCAUCUGGCGUGAAAACUCCAAUGGGUGGUAUAAUAACCGGUCUUCUAGUGUUACUAGCAUGUGGACUUUUAACUUCGAUCUUUCAGUUAAUUCCAAAAGCCACUUUAGCUGCUGUAAUAAUUGUUGCUAUGUAUUACAUGUUUGAAGUGGACAUAUUUUCAACUCUUUGGCGUACAAAAAGAAUUGAUCUUAUACCUUUGAUAGUUACUUUGAUAUGUUGUCUGGGUCUUAGCCUGGAAUAUGGCAUGAUAGUUGGAAUUGUUAUAAAUCUUGUUCACCUUCUUUACCUUGCGGCCAGACCGGGUCUAUUGAUCGAGGAACGCGUUGUCGACGAUAUGACCGUUUUAUUCGUCUUGCCCAAGCAAUCGUUGAGUUUUCCAGCUGCAGAAUACUUAAGAGAACAAGUGUUGGAGUGGUGUCAUAAAUGUACCGAAAGUAUACCUGUGAUAAUAGACGGACGUAAUGUUUUGAGAAUCGACGCAACAGUCGCUAAAAAUCUUACUCUACUUCACGUUGAUUUGGAAACUAGACAACAAAAGUUGAUCUUUUGGAAUUGGUCGGAGGAAAUGAAAAGUAUUUUGACAAAUUACGAUUCCUCUUUGUCAUUAUCAUUUAAAAAUUGUGGCAGUAUACUUCAGAUAUUUACGAAUACGGUGCUCUGAGGAAUGCAUAAAUGAAUAUUAAUUUAUUUCUAUAAUUUAUUUAUGGAAAACGCACAAUGUUUAGUUGUAUAAAAAUUCUAUAAUAGGACUUGUCUAUAAGUUAACGUAUCUAUAAAGAAAUAAAUCAAUGAUACGUUAUCAUC